GAGGGAUGAGGCUCCAGGGCUGGAUGGGGGCAUGGAGGCUGCUCCUGCUCCUGCUGCCUCUGAGCUGCUGGGCUGAGCCGGCGCACGCCAAGUCCCCGCGGCACCGGGAGCUCAGGAGGCAGGGCCGGGAGCCCCGGGAGCGCCGGGAGCCUCGGGAGAUAGUGCUGGCGGUCAUCCUGCCACGGCACAACACCAUCUACCCUUGGGCCUGGCCCCGCGUGGGGCCGGCCCUGGAGCGCGCCAUAUCUCAGAUCAACGACAACCCCGCCUUGCUGCCGGGCUACCGGCUGCGCUACGAGUUCGAGAACAGCGAGAACAAGGACGGCAUCUGCUCUGAGGCCGUCGCCCAGCUGGUGGCGGUGGACCUCAAGUUCUCCCACAACCCCUGGGCCUUCAUCGGGCCUGGCUGCGACUACACCUCCUCCCCCGUGGCCCGUUUUACUGCCCACUGGGGGUUGCCCAUGGUCACGGCAGGCGCGCCAGCCCCCGCAUUCUCUGACGCCAAUUUCUUCACCUCCAUCACCAACACGGGCCCCACACACAAAAAGCUGGGUGAAUUCGGCCUGCACAUCCACCAGGAAUUCAAGUGGCUUCGGCACGCCCUGCUCAUGUUCACCGAUAGCAAGGUAGAUGACCGGCCGUGCUAUUUCGCCGUGGAGGGACUGUACUCGCGGUUGCACACUGACAACAUCACCACCGAGCACAUGGUCUUCGAUGAGAAUACCACGCCCAUCGAAUACGGUGAAUUUCUCAACAGAAUCAAGCAAGAGGGUCGCGUGGUGUAUGUUUGCUGCUCACGGGACAUUUUCCGGCAGUUAAUGGUGCACUUCCGCAAGGCCGGCCUACCGCAGGAGGAGUAUGUGUUCUUCUACAUUGACGUUUUUGGCGGCAGCCUGGACACUCAGCCUGCCUACCCCUGGGCCAGAGGAGACGCAGACGAUCCCAUUGCCAAAGCGGCCUUCCAGAGUGUGAAGAUCCUGACGUACCGCGAGCCACAGAAUCCUGAGUACAGAGCCUUUGUGACGGACCUGAAGAGGGAUGCCAAGAGAAUGUUCAACUUCACAGUGGAGGACUCACUGAUGAACCUGAUCCCCGGAGGCUUCUAUGACGGAGUCAUGCUGUACGCCCAGGCUCUGAAUGAGACCAUGGCGAGGAUGGAGGGCAUGCCCCCAGGGCCAAAUGUCACCAGAAAUAUGUGGAACCGCACCUACUAUGGAGUGACAGGAUUGGUGCAGAUAGAUGAACAUGGUGAUCGAGAGAUCGAUUUCGCCCUGUGGGACAUGACUGACAAUGACACCGGUGCUUUUCAGAUUGUGUCUGUCUAUAACGGCACCCAGAAGGUGAUGGUAUCACUGCCAGGAAUGAAACUCCAGUGGCCAGGGGGCGUACCUCCCCGUGACAUACCUGUCUGCGGCUUCAAGAACGACAAUCCCGCCUGUCUGACAAGGACCAUCCCAAUGCACCAGAUGGUCUCCAUUGUUGUCUUCUUCGUCUUUGUCAUCAUCAUCACCAUCACUGUCUUCAUAUACAGGAAACUGAAGCUGGAGAAUGAAUUGGCUGCACAGCUGUGGAGGAUAUCCUGGGAGGACAUUCAGAUGAGUAACAUGGAGAAGGUGCUGCGCAGUGUCGGCAGCAAGCUCACCCUCUCACUGAGAGGCUCCAAUUACGGCUCUCUCCUCACAGCAGAAGGCAACUUCCAAGUGUUCGCGAAGACGGGUUACUACAAGGGUAACAUAGUGGCAAUUAAAUACAUCAACAGGAAGCGGAUUGAACUGUCCAGGAAGGUGCUCUUUGAGUUGAAACAUAUGCGGGACGCCCAAAACGAGCAUCUCACUCGCUUCAUUGGUGCCUGUAUCGAUCCCCCCAACAUCUGCAUCAUCACUGAGUACUGUCCCCGGGGGAGCCUGCAGGAUAUAAUGGAGAAUGAGAGCAUCACAUUGGACUGGAUGUUCCGAUAUUCCCUUAUCAACGAUAUUGUGAAGGGCAUGGCCUUCCUUCAUAACAGUGUGAUCGUGUCACACGGAAACCUCAAGUCCUCUAACUGUGUGGUGGACAGUCGCUUCGUGCUGAAGAUCACUGACUACGGGCUUGCAAGCUUCCGCACCGAGGCAGACACUGAGGAUGCCCAUGCCUACUAUGCCCGGAAGCUGUGGACGGCCCCUGAGCUCCUGCGCAUGGAGAGCCCCCCUCCCAGCGGGACUCAGAAGGGCGACAUCUACAGCUUCGGUAUCAUCCUGCAAGAGGUGGCCCUGCGCAGGGGUGCCUUCUACCUAGAGGGGGAGCCGCUGAGUCCUAAAGAGAUUAUCGACCGCGUGGCCCUGGGGGAAUGGCCUUACCUGCGCCCCACCAUCUGUCCCCAGAGCCACAGCGAGGAGCUGGGUCAGCUGAUGCAGCGCUGCUGGGCUGAGGACACCGCAGAAAGGCCAGAGUUCAGCCACAUCAAGCUCUUGCUGCGCAAAUACAACAGAGAGAGCAGCACCAACAUCCUAGACAACCUGUUGUCCCGCAUGGAGCAGUACGCCACCAAUCUGGAGGAGCUGGUGGAGGAGCGGACACAGGCCUACCUGGAGGAGAAGCGCAAGGCCGAGACCCUUCUGUACCAGAUCCUACCACACUCAGUGGCAGAGCAGCUGAAGAGGGGUGAAACGGUGCAGGCGGAGGCCUUUGACUCCGUCACCAUCUACUUCAGCGACAUCGUGGGGUUCACCGCCAUCUCCGCCGAGAGCACCCCCAUGCAGGUGGUGACCCUGCUCAAUGACCUCUACACCUGUUUUGAUGCCAUCAUAGACAACUUUGAUGUUUACAAGGUGGAGACAAUCGGUGAUGCCUACAUGGUGGUGUCGGGUCUCCCUGUGCGGAACGGGAAGCUUCACGGCCGGGAGAUUGCCCGCAUGUCGCUGGCCCUGCUAGACGCAGUGCGCUCCUUCAAGAUCCGUCACCGACCAGACCAGCAGCUCAAACUGAGGAUUGGUAUCCACAGCGGCCCAGUAUGUGCAGGAGUGGUGGGAUUAAAGAUGCCAAGGUACUGUCUGUUUGGAGACACCGUAAACACAUCCUCCCGCAUGGAGUCCAACGGGGAAGCCCUGAAGAUCCACGUGUCAGCGGCCACGCGCAACGUCCUGCAGGAGUUCAACAGCUUCCAGCUGGAGCUGCGGGGAGAAGUGGAGAUGAAGGGCAAGGGCAAGAUGACCACCUACUGGCUGCUGGGGGAGACCCCGAGCAGCACGUGAAGGACAGAGAGAGCAGGAGAUGCACACACACACACACACACACACACACGCGAUGGGACGGGGAGCUGUGGAGGGAAAGGCGCGUAAUUGCAAAGCCACUCGCCUCUCCCCACACAACCUUCCCCAACACACGCCACAGAAUGCACAUGCUCUCUCACAGACUGGUUGGACCUGCUCCAAUAUCAUGUGUGUACUUCAAUUUAAUGUUUCUCUUAUUGUAUGAAUGUGUUUUUUUUUGUUCAUGGCAGGAUUUUGAUUUUGUAUACAGCAUCUUAGUUUUCUUAUAGUUUUAAAAGGGUAUAUAAGAACUUUAAUGACAAAAAGAGGCCAUUUAG